GGUAUGAGGUCUAGACGGGCUGGAGCUUCUUAAUUCAUGAGACCUCGUGUAACAAACAGAGGGAAAAAGAUUCUAUCUCAACUGCAGAUCGUGCAUUCCUUCUGCCAAGAAAAGCAGCUUUCAUUCCUGUUGUAGGAGCAAACAGCAAGUGCAUCAAGAGGGAGAGCAGCGCGAGGUGAGUGAGCUGCUCUGGCGCUCACCUGGCUCAGAAAAGCAAACACCAUCCAAAGGCAGAGCAGUCCGGAUGGAGGUGACAGAGGGGAGGGCUGGAAAGCCCCCAGUGUCACACAGGGAAGAAUACAUAGGGUUGAGCAAGCACGGGAGUGGAAGCCACACAGCAGCUCCAUCACAGCCCUGGCAUUUCUGAGAGUAAAAGUGGAACCACAAGAAGAUAUCAGGGCAGGAACAGGGCUGCCCCACCACCAGACGCUGCUGCAAACUGGAUUUUCUGCCCAAUUCCUGCAGUUUUCUUUCAAGAAAGAAGUGAGAGCAAAGGCAUUGCCUGCAGUGAGCACCAUGCCCUGGGGGCAUACAAGAAGCCCAAGCAGAGCAGGUGGAAAGAGGAACACCUGUAAGCACAGGAGUACCAAGGAGCAUCGGCAGAAGAAACUGCUUCUCAAGGCUGGGUUCAUCCAGACAGCCUGCUCACCUGCUUCCUUCUGAUGGAUUGAUGCUGAGAAAUCACUGAACACUGGCAUUACUUCUGAAAUACAAAGCAUUUCAAACAACCCAGGAACAGCAAGAGCAGGGAGAAGUAACACACCAAGUGCUCCGUGGAAGGGGUGGAAAUCACAGGAGCGCAUAGAUGAUGGGGAAAGUGUUCCAACCACAUUGAGAUCUGCAUUUUAGGCACUGCUGCUGGCAAGGUCCUUCCAUCGCCCCACUGCAGCAAGCAAAGCCAACACCGGGCAACCCUCUAAAAUGUUUAUUUGGACCAGUGGCCGGAGCUCUACAUCUUACAGACACGAUGAGAAAAGAAAUAUUUACCAAAAAAUCAGGGAUCAUGAUCUACUGGACAAAAGGAAAACAGUCACAGCCCUAAAAGCUGGAGAAGACCGGGCCAUACUCCUCGGGCUGGCCAUGAUGGUGUGCUCUAUCAUGAUGUACUUCCUCCUGGGAAUCACCCUGCUGCGGUCCUACAUGCAAAGUGUCUGGACAGAAGAAGCUCAGUGCUCGCUUCUCAACGCAUCCAUCACUGAAACCUUCAACUGCUCGUUUAGCUGCGGCCCGGACUGCUGGAAAAUCUCUCAGUACCCCUGCCUGCAGGUGUACGUCAAUCUCACUUCUUCUGGCCAGAAGCUUCUGCUCUACCACACCGAAGAAACAAUGAAAAUCAAUUCUGAGUGUUCGUACAUACCCAAGUGCGGCAAGAAUUACGAGGAAUCCAUGUCGACGGUGAACGUUGUGAUGGAAAACUUCCGAAAGUAUCAACGCUUCUCCUGCUUCUAUGAUCCUGAGGGCACUCAGAAGAAUGUGAUAUUGACCAAACUGUACAGCUCCAACGUGCUGUUCCACUCGCUCUUCUGGCCCACAUGCAUGAUGAUCGGCGGUGUUGCCAUCGUUGCGAUGGUAAAGCUGACUCAAUACCUUUCUCUCCUCUGUGAGAGAAUCCAAAGGAUCAACAGAUAAGGAUGAAAACUCCUCCAAGAGUUAAUUACAGAUAAAAUACUGUUUUCUCAUUCUUCACCAAAGAACCUUAAGUUUGUAAUGUGCAAGUCUGUUGUAAGUUCCUUACUAUAUUCUUAUAAGUAGAGCAAUAAUGCAAAAGCUGUUCUAUAUGCAAACAUGAUAUUAUUAUGCAGACAACUGAAAAAAUUACUGUUUGUGUUGACGAUCUUGUUUGAUGCUGAGACCUGUACUUCUUUCCUUUCUACAGCCAGAAUUGGGCUCAAUGUGACCAUUUGCCAAACUCAGUCAAUUGACUUUCUCAGUGUAAAGGAUUCUGGGGAAAUUCACGCCUGGAGAAAAGGCAGCAAAUGACUUGUGCAUCACUGAGGUCUCACCUCUGGCUCAGCCCUGCCAAUGGAUUUCUGGUUUUGCCUUGUUAUUGGUUGCAGGGGAAAAAAGUAGGGAAACAAAACAGGUUUUUUUGUGAGCAGGUGGCACCACACAGACUACUGCGAGGCCAGGAUAAGUAUGAGUGUUUUCUGCCUAAGUAGGACUUGGUGAUGCUAUGUGUUAGCUCCCCCAGUUCAGAAGUAAAUUUUACCCAGUGGUAUGUACAGUCUUUUGCAAACACUUUGGAGUUUUAUUUAUUUUAUGCUGUAUUUUCCUUCUGUCUUACCAACAGCAUCUUUGUCAUCUGCAGAAGCUGUAGCAAAAAAAAAAAAAAAAAAAAAGAAAACCAACAAAAAUCACCUUGUUCCAUUUUGUACUUCAGUGUGAGCCCUGCUGAUGGAGAUGGGACCAGAACACCUUAUGUAAAGGUUUAUUACUCAUUUGUCAUGUAUUUGCUACCAUAUCACUGUAAAGAAAAAGUAACACAGCUAUUUUUUCAUUUUUUACUUCCAACUAUUUUAGAUUUUUUUACUUGAUAUAUAUAUACAGAUAUACAGAUAUAUAUAUAUAUAAAGAAAAGCUAUAUUAUAUCUAGUUGUGUAUCAGAACUUGAUUAUGGGAUGGUGGCUUUUUUGUUUUUACCAACUGAGAAGUGAACAAUGUAACUCAUGUAUUCAUAACCUUCAGCCUUGGAUAAUAUCCUAACGUGGAGGAGCAGCACCACAGGAUCCCAUCCAAUAUUCAUGAUGUUGUGUCAGGCAAAGGUCCCUAUUGUUGUAACAUCCGAAAUGACAAAAAUCUAAUCCAAUUCCACAGCUCUUAUUAACUGAAUUGUUAGGUAAUAAUCAUAAUACUUCUGGAAAUCUCUCCUGACCUCAACUCAGCGUGCAGUUCUGGCUGAAGUGAAUUCUGAUUUAAAAUGCCCAGGUGCAAGGAUUUAUUGGAAAUAUUCAUGUUUUUUCUAACAUGCUGUCCUAUCUGUCAUUUAUUUACCACAGGAAUAUUGCAGGUCUGAUUUCAUACACACGCACACACACACACACACACAAUAGUCAUGGUUUCUGCAUAAUUUAUUUUUAUUCCCCGCAUAGAAAACAUUCCUUUUUAUGCUGUGUUUAAAGGUACCUCUCAUAGUUUCUCACUUUGCACUUAGUCUGAAGGACAAAUGCAGGGCGUGAACUCACUGCCCAGUGAUUCAAAGGAAUCAUUCACAGGCCUAUCCAAGCCAAGAAACUAACAUUUUACCCCUCAAAAAGACUGCAAAGCAAAUCUUCUGCCUCCUUCAUCUCUAUGUAAGUACCUUUCUGCAACAUAGCAUAAAAAUUUUCAAGAUAUUAUGAAACUGUACAAGUCACGCAAGUGUAACACGAGCUGUUAAAAA